AUGGACCGUAUUCGAAACAAAAACCGCGAAGCAUUGAAUGCACUAAAGAGGGUCCCAGAAAAGGAGACCGUGUACCUGUGUGUUGGCAAUAUGUUCUUCAAACAACGCGUUCCAACGGCGACAAAACUAAUUCAGGAUGAUCAGAAGCAAGUAAAUGAGCACAUUGAGAAGCUGCGUCGACAACUGAAAGACAAUGUACAGCAAAUUCAAGAGAUGGAGGACAAAGGAGAGCAAUUUGCUAAAUUCAAUCUAAAUCCACUGACACGAGACGAGAUGAAAAGUUUCAGCGUUGUGAUGAACUCCAUUAAAAAGCUCGACUUAUCGCAGUAA